UCACAGUAAUAUUUCUAUAUGGAGGCUCAAAUUGCCUACUAUUUCCAGAUGAGGAUAACUGCAUGGUGGUUUAUGGUUCUGUUCAAGCUCUUGAAUUUACACAUUAUGUGGUUGCAAGUUGUCUUGGAGUUCCUGAAAACAACAUCCGUGUCAUCACAAGACGGGUUGGAGGCGGUUUUGGCGGAAAGGCAAUAAGAGCUAUUCGUAUUGCAUCAACUUUUACACUAGCUGUUCCGGGUAUGGAACUGGGAGGACGUUCCGAAGCACCUUGGUCCUGUCAAGCAGAGCAAACGUGAGCUAACCUCGGGGGUUUAACCGAGGAAACCCCCUCCGAUGCCUAAGUCAGCAAAUAGAUAAGAAGUCUUUAGAGAGGGAAUAUAGAGAGAAGGUGGAGCAAGUACCGUGUGUAAGAAUGUGUCCCAUCAUGAAUGAUGUGGGUGCUAUUUAUAGGCGUACUAUUCUGUACUUUGGCCUACUUGGAUGCCGCCACGUGUAUGACGGCGAUGUACUUUAUUCCUUGUCGUUGUCGUUUAGCCUGCAGGUCCCUUCUUGGACUGAUGCAGCUUUGUCUAGCUCUGCUCUGUGUCUUUAUACGUGAUCUGGGGAGGUUUGAUCUGCCUGGGUUGCAUAUGCUUGGCUUGGGGUUUAGAGUCUUUCUUUGACUUGGGUGUGCCCUGGGUGUCAGGGUUUGCUCUGUCAUUGAUGUUCUGUCCUCUCUGGAUAUGACCCCGUACAACUAGUCCCUCAAGAGUAGAGCUGACCUUUUAAGUCAGGUCUGCUCUUCUGUCCUUGAUCUGGCCUCUUUGGGGCUGCAAUGCUUGUUUUGUUGGCUUUUUGCUUUUGUCCUGGUUGUGUAUUUUCUUGC